UGCAAUUUAGAAUAGCAGCAAAUCUAUCCAAAGAACCAUCAGGAACACCUACCCCACAAACCUGACUUUUAUGGUAAUUAAUCUUCAACCCAGACAAAAUCUCAAAACACCUUAAAAUCCUCUUAAGGUUUCUAACCUCCUCAUCUUCAGCUUCGCACAAAAGUAAGGAAUCAUCCGCAAAUUGCAAAUGAGACAACAACACACCCUCAACACCUAUUUUCACCCCUUUAAUAAUACGCAACUGUUAUGCUCUAGAUAAUAACACAUUUAAUCCCUCAGCCACCAACUUAAAAAGAAAUGGGGACAAUGGAUCUCCUUGUCUAAGACCCCUUUGUGGACAAAACUCGUCAGUAGGAGAACCAUUAACAAGGACUGAAAUACGUGCUGAGGUGACACACUCCAUGAUCCAUUGUGUCCAUCUUAAGCCAAAACCAAAAUUCAGAAGCAUUGAGUGAAGAAAUCCCCAAUUUACCAAAUCGAAAGCCUUCUCAAAGUCAAGUUUAAUUAACACAUCCUUUUUCUUCAACUUCUUCCACCCAUCCACCACUUCAUUUGCAAUAAGAACACCAUCAAGGAUAUUUCUCGAUAUAUAUAUCAGUUCAUAGUCAAUUCACAUGCUAAUACAAUUGGUUCACAACCAAUAUGGUUAGUUUGGCUAUUAUAAAUCUCCUUUUUGCAGUUGAUAUUUUGAAAAAUUCAGGACCCCUAAUACCAAUUCGUAUUCCAAUAUUCUCGACACCACUACACCGCAGGUAAUACUAAUUUAUAUCCUGAUACUGCUAUUUAAAACUUUGGCUACAAGGCAUAUAUAUCAAGCAAUAUUUAAAACCAUCCCUCACCUGCCCACACACACCCAUAAUUCUCUUAUAAUGUUGUACUAACUAAUAGUGAAUAGCUUAAACACUAUUCAAGUUUAUAAGAACUCUCAAAUUAGGUCUAUCUUGUGACCUGUAAGUGAAGUUACAUCUAGAAGUGAUUCCAUCUCUACCUUUAUAACUCUAUGCAACUUUGUGUGUCUUUGCCAAUUACAGGACAUGUUUAUUGGAGGAACUGAUACUACUUCAACAGCCAUAGAAUGGGCAAUGACAGAACUAAUAAAAAAUCCCACUAAGUUGAAGAAAGCUCAAGAAGAGGUAAGAAGAGUAGAAGGAGAAAAAUCAAAAGUCAAUGAAGAUGAUAUUGAUCAAAUGGUCUACUUAAACUGGGUUGUCAAAGAGGCUCUAAGUUUACGUGCUCCAAUUCCUUAUCUGUUCCGUCAAGAAUCGAUUGGCAAUGAGAGUACUAAAUUGGGAGGCUAUGAUAUUCCUCCUGGAGCUAGAGUGUUCAUCAAUGCAUGGGCAAUACAUAGGGAUCCCAAAAUCUGGGACAACCCAGAAGAUUUCGUUCCAGAGAGAUUUGCUAACAACCUUAUUGAUUUUACGGGCCAAGACUUCAAUUUCAACCCAUUUGGUGCCGGCCGAAGAGGCUGCCCUGGUUUCUCAUUUGGAGUCCUAAUAGUUGAAUAUGUGCUUGCAAACCUCUUGUAUUGGUUUGACUGGAAGUACCCAAGUGGUCCAGGUAGGGAAGAGGACUUUGACAUGAGUGAGGUUACUUCCUUGGUUGUUGACAAGAAAAUUCCUCUUCAACUUGUUCCAGUUUUGCACUCUCCUUCAUUCAUCACCUAAGUGAUCAUCCAUAUAUAUAUAUAUGGUCACAAAAAAUCAAAGAAUGUGAUAGUUCCUAAUUUGUUUCCUCCUAGUA